AUGAAGGAGCUGAUCAAAACGAAGGCGGAAUUGGAUCGAGCGAGGGACGAAGCGACGCAAUCCUGGCUUGAUUCGAAACCGCUGAUCGACGAGCUCGAGAAGGUGCAGUCCGAAUUGGACGCCGCCAAGAACAGGGGAUCGGCAGCGAGGGCGGCGAUCUCGGAAUUGAAAUCGGAGCUGGAGGCGACACACCUGCGGGUGAGGUCGAAGAUGGAGGGCGAGGUGAAGGCGAUGAAGGCGACGAACGAAUUGACCCUGGCCGUCGACCAGACCUGCAAGGAUCUGGAGGUGAUCAAGAUGGAGGCCGAUGAGCAGCGGAGGGAGAGGAUGAAGUUGAAGCAGGUCCUCCGGGUGCGGCGGCAGAGCCUCCGCGCGCUUCAAUUGAAGCUCCGUGCUGUGCGGAUCGAGGCCGAGGCGUUCGCGAGUUCGGCGGAGGACGCGGCGGCGGUUAUCGCGCUGUCGACGGAGACGGAGUACGGGACCGUAGAAAUGACGGCGGAGGAAUACGACGAGCUGAUAAGGAGGGCCCAGGAGGAGACGGCGCUGUGCCGGUGGAGAGUCUCCGUUUCGGUGGAGCAGAAGCUCGCGGCGGAGGCCAGCCGGAACGUCGCUCUGGCGAAGUUGAAGCAGGUGUACAGCAAUUCGAGUAAUUUUAAUAAGGCAAACGGACGGAAGAGCGGGCGGCGGUCGAAUACGGCGGAGUGGGAGGAUGGGGAAGAGGAGGAUGCGAUUGUGGAAGACGGGGAGGAUUUGGCGGCGGCAUCGGGGAAGAAAGGAGCGAGGGAGGAUAUGACGGAAGAGGAGGCGGCGGCGGCGGGAGAUUCGAGCGGCAGAGUUGGAGGAUGGAUUGUGAUUCCGAAAGCUAGGGCUCGGGCUAUGGCAGCGGAAUCGGAUCGCAGGAGGCUGCCGCGACCUCCGGCGGCGAGGAGAUCGUUGAGUCAGGGCAGUAACGGGAGGAAGAGAAUGGUGAAGAAGAGAAGCAAGCCGUCGAUUUUCGCGAAGCUUUCGAGUUUCAUACGGGGAAUUAAGAAAUGGUUCCGCUGA